UACAAAGUAAGAGAACAUAACACAACGCGCUACUGCCGGCUACAUUUUUGUUCCACUAUCCUGUCAGUGCCAAACGGUACCUUUAUUUUUUGAGUAUGCAGUGCACAGAUGCAUGCUGCAUUUUAACGCCACAACCACAAAGAUAAUUCCGUAUAAAAUAUCUCUGCACACUUACUGUACAAAUCUUGGUUGUUUUUUAAAUUCUAUUUACUCAUUCCUGAUGUUGCGUUGUACUCGUUUAUCUUCCCAUUCUGCAAUUUAGUGCGAAUAUUGUCCCUAAUUAGUGAGAUCCGAGUGGCCAUUAUAUACCGCAUCUUGAAGCGUAAAAGGUCACGCUUACUCUAUCUAAAUCGUGGAUUACGCACUAUUGCCACUUUCACAAGUUAAAUAGCGCUGUUAUGUAUCUGUAUACCACACUCAGCGUGUUGUCUGACGGGGAUAACUGAAACUUUGAUUUUGCUCUUGUCAUUCGACGACGCCAGUUUUUCGCCGGCUACAUUUCGCGUAUUCCGGUACACCUGGAUUUAUUAUAAUCGUUAUGGCGGACGAGAAAUCCAUCAGACAGUCCCGAGCGCGCUCCAACUCAUCGACUCCGAAUCAGCAUUACCAGAAUCUAUUAAAUCACAUCCGACAGAAACAGGAGAAAAACACGGAUUUGCCCACCAUCCGGGAAUUCAUGUCUUUCGAUCCUAAAGCAGAUGCGGAAGUGCUGUUUAAUUCAAUGAAAGGUUUAGGAACGCAUGAGAAGGCAAUUAUCGACAUCCUAACCCAGCGAACCAAUAAACAGCGCCAGGAAAUCGCUGCCAGUUAUAAAGAGAUGUAUGGCAAGGAGAUCAUCAAAGCUUUUAAGGGAGAACUGAAGAUUAUUAUCAAUGGCCACUUCGAAGACGUGAUCCUUGCACUCCUGAAAACACCAGAAGUAUAUGACGCCGAAUCAAUUCACCAUGCUUUUUCUUCAGGAUUUACGACGGAUGACGGUGUUCUUAUUGAUAUUUUUUCCACUCGGAACAAUGCCGAACUAGAUGCCAUUAGAAAAGCUUAUCAGUCCGGUUAUGGAAAAGACUUGAUGCAGGAUAUUGAAAAACUCCACGGAUCCGAUGGCUUUAAAGAACUACUGCUUGCCAUAUUAGCGGAGACUCGCGAAGCCGAGGAGGAUGUUAAUCCGGAGCAAGCUCGCUGGGAUGCGCGGGCCAUGUACGAUGCCGGUCCGCGGCACUGGAUAACGGAUACAGCAUUCCGUUCUAUUUUCACCGGGCGCAGUUACACGCAUAUGCGCCUGGCUAUUGCCGCCUUCGAAGAAAUGGCCGAUGUGGAAAUCGUGAGUUUUGCGAAGCACAAAGAUACGUAUUUCGCGGAGUUAUUGCACUCUGCCUUCAAAGGUUUAACGACAAACCAUAAGCGUGUCAUCCGAACACUCGUAUCGCGUUCCGAAAUUGACUUAGAGACGACUAAAGAUAAGUUCGAAGAUAUUUACCACAAGCCUCUGGGAUCCGUUAUUGCGCAAGAAACUUCCGGAAACUACCGAAACAUCUUACUUGGGUUAGCAGGAGCUCAUGAAGAGAUCCGCCGCCUGGAUCACAGUCCGCGCCGCUCAGUGGAUUUGCAUCAUACAAAACUCAAGUUAUAACUUCCAAUUAAAUUGAGGCAGCAUACAGAAUAAUCGAUAUGGGAAAAGAUUCUACGUAACCUUUUUGCUGCCGAUCUUUGCCAAAAACGUUUAUUAAAUACCUUUACUGCAUUAAAAAUUGUACGCACUAAUCCCGAUAGUUUACCGUGUUGAAAAUGCUAAUACUAUUAAAAGAAAA